UUCAAAUGGUUUCCAUAGAUAGUAGUUAAAAUGUAUGUGAUACUGUGGUGAUAACUAGGAUAGCAUCUCUGAUCUUGAAUCGUGAUGUAGUCAGCCCGCCCCUUACAGCACGGUGAGGUUUGCGAUGCGGCGGUGGUUGCCAUCUCCUUGAUGGCGGCGACAUCGAAUCCCUACCAAGACGAAUUCGAAUAGUUAGAGCUACAUUUUGCAAUUUAUAACAUUCCGAUAGAAAAGUUGUAUAUCACUAAUACGUUGUUCCAGAUAUACUGGUAUCGAAAAUUGGAGGAAACGGGUUCGCGCUCAGAAUGACAAAUGAGGAACCUCUUCCAAAGAAGGUUCGCCUCAGUGAAUCUGACAUGAAGACCCUGACCCGAGAGGAGCUGUGUGUGAGAUGGAAACAACAUGAAGCUUACGUCCAGAUCUUGGAGGCCAAAUAUGCUGAUCUUAAUUCGAACGAUGUGACUGGGCUGAAGGAGUCUGAGGAGAAACUGAAGCAGCAGCAGCAGGAGGCGUCACGGAGGGAGAAUAUCCUGGUCAUGCGGCUCGCAACCAAGGAGCAGGAAAUGCAAGAGUGUACAACCCAGAUCCAGUACCUCAAGCAAGCACAGCAGCCCAGUGCAGCCCAACUGCGGUCGUCCAUGGUAGACCCGGCCAUCAACUUAUUUUUCCUCAAAAUGAAGGGCGAACUGGAACAGACUAAAGACAAACUGGAGCAGGCCCAAAAUGAACUGAGUGCCUGGAAAUUUACACCAGAUAGCCAGACGGGGAAGAAACUGAUGGCCAAGUGUCGGAUGCUGAUCCAGGAGAACCAGGAACUGGGGAGGCAGCUGUCCCAGGGACGUAUCGCCCAGCUGGAGGCAGAGUUGGCCCUGCAGAAGAAGUAUAGUGAGGAGCUGAAGAGCAGCCAGGACGAGUUGAACGAUUUCAUCAUCCAGCUGGACGAGGAAGUGGAGGGCAUGCAGAGCACCAUCCUGGUCCUCCAGCAGCAGCUCCGGGAGACCCGUCAGCAGCUCUCCCAGAACCCAGCUCAGACUGCCUCUUCUGGGCCAGGGCCCAGCAGGACUUCCCCCUCCAGCCCCUCGGCUGAACCCCCCGGCCAGGCCGAGCAGCUUUCCACCCCCUCCUCCGCCCAGACAGGGAAAGACUGCGGGAGAGUCUCCAACGGACCAAGCAAUGGCAGCUCGUCGUCCCAGAGGGGUGCAGCAGCCACCCCCAGCUUGUACCGUGAGGUUAGCAGCACAGAGGAAGAUUUUCCUCCGUCUCCUAUGGCGUCCAGCCCCGGUGAGGGUGAGACGAAACUCUCCAACCAUGGCGCGGAAGCGGGUGGCCAGGCCGGUGGCGGUGCAGGACCAGGGGGUUUCGGUAGCCAACUAAGUGUAGGGUACGAGAGCGUGGACUCUCCGACAGGCAGCGAGACGUCCCUGACACAGCACUCGAACGACACAGACUCCAACACUGACCCGCACGAGGACAAGGCUGCCCCAGUGGUCAAGGGCAACAGGACUGCAGGGUCGCGGCAUGCUCAGAACGGUCUGGACUCGAGCACCGGCUCAGUUUUGUAAUGUACUUUAGUUUAUAAUAACACAUCAUCUGUCUUUCCUUUUUAUACGAGACAAAAACAACAAACACUUAGUCAGUAGAGCUGUCCAGAAUUUCUCUUUCCUUUGCCUAUCGUGAUACCUCUGCCACAAGUUAAAAGAAAUUUGUGUUGCUAAACAGGAACAUUAUGUAAAAUUAAUGUAUGCAGAUAUUGAGUUUUUGUAUGAUUCAUGCUAGAUAUUUUUUUAUUUGGUCUCUUGGUUUCUUAAACAUUUUGACCCCUAACAUUCUUGUUUGACAAAUUCAAAUCAAGCAUCUGAUGUUUUCAUUCUCAAUAAAAGUGAAUAAAGCAUAGUUCACUUUAGUAGCUUUGCAAAUGUUCAAGGAUGUCAUCUUUUAGAUUCUGACCUCUUUGGGUUUUUUAAAUGCGUUUUUAAGUUUCUGUUUGACUUGUGUGUAGUUUCUACACAAUGUACGUUGUUACUCAUUCUGACUUCCAUCCUUUCAUGUACUGACCAAAUAUCAAUAAAGACUUUUUAAUAUGACCAUGAAA